AUGUUUCUGCAAACCGAAAUAAAUGUCAUCACGCACUUACAUGUGCAUCCGCACUCGGCAGCCAUUUCUCUCUCUCUCUCUCUCUCUCUUCACCUUUCCAGUUAUCUUUCUUUCCAUCACUUUCUCCUUUCUCUCUUCUUCUCUUUCUCCCUUUCUUCCUCGAUCACAUCCUUGUCUUUUUCUCUCUUUUUUCUCUGUCUCUUUAUCUGUUUUUUCGCUAUAUAUCUAUCUCUGUUUAGCUUCUGUUCUUUUCUUUCUUUCUUUCUUUCUUUCUUUCUUUCUUUCUUUCUUUCUAUUUCUCUCGUUCUCCUUCCCUUUCGCUCUCUUUCUCACUUUUCAGUCUCUGUCUCUCGUUCUCUUUCUUUCCCUCUAUAUCUAUCUCGCUUUCGCAUUCUUUAUCAUUCUGUCUCGUUUUCUCUUUCUCUCUCUUUAUAUUUUUCUUAUUCUCUUUCUCUUUCUCGCUUAGACUUUCUUUCUCAUUCGCUUUCUCUUUCAAUCUAUUUCUCUCUCUUUUUCUUUUCAUCUCUGUUUCUCUUCGUUCUCUUUCUCUCUCACUUCCUCUUAAUCUUCUCACUCUAUCUAUCGUCUCGUUUCUCUCUGUUUUUCUCUUUUUUUGUGUCAUUCUUUUUCUCUUUUUUCUCUCUCUCUUUCUCUCUCUCUCUCUCUCUCUCUCUCUCCAAAUCAUUCACUUAUUUAUUCUUUCACCUUGUCUUUCUUUCAUUCUCUUUCCUUUCUUUUUUCUUGUUUUUUGUUAUUCUCUCACUCUUUCUUUCCUUGUGUUUUGAGCCAGUAUUUCUUUCUUUGUCAUCCGCCUUAUCUUUUUCUUUCUUUCUUUCUUUCUUUCUUUCUUUCUUUCUUUCUUUCUUUCUUUCUUUCUUCUUCUUUGUUCAUUCUUUAUUUCAUUUUCGUUCUUACUUUUCUUUUUCUUUUUUCAGCUUUUGUCAUUUUUUUCUUUUUCUUUUUGCCUCGUUAUUGUUUUUCUUUUUUUAUUUUAUUAAUAUUUCUUUCAUUCAUUUUUCCUUCUUUCUUUCUCGUCCAUUAAUUUUGUUCUUUGUCCUUUCUUUCUAUCUUUCUUUUCUCGUUAAUUCUCACACUCUUCUUUUUCUUUCUUUUUUUCUUUCUGUCUUGUUAUUUGUUUGUUUGCUUCUUUUUUUCUCAAAUCCUUCCGUCGUUAAGUUUUCUCUCCUUCCUUCCUUCCUUCCUUCCUUCCUUCCUUCCUUCCUUCCUUCCUUCCUCCCAUCCACCCAUCCAUCCUCUCCUUCCUUCUUGUGGAUUUUCUGCCUUCAUCCCUUCUUUCCUUAUUUUAAUUUAAUUUUCCUUCCUUCCUUCUUUUUUUACAUUUUUUCUUCCUUCUUUUUUUUCCUCCCAUCCAUCCUCCCAUUCACCCAUCCAUCCUCCCAUUCGCCCUUCCUUCCUUCCUUCCUUCCUUCCUUCCUUCCUUCCUUCCUUCCUUCCUUCCUCCCUCCCUUCCUCCCAUCCACCCAUCCAUCCUCUCCUUCCUUCCUGCCUUUCUGCCUUCAUCCCUUCUUUCCUUCCUUAAUUACUUCUUUCCUUCCUUCCUUCUUUACUUACAUUCUUUCUUCCUUCUUUCUUUCCUCCCAUCCAUCCUCCCAUUCACCCAUCCAUCCUCCCAUUCACCCACCCUUCCUUCCUUCCUUCCUUCCUUCCUUCCUUCCUUCCUUCCUUCCUUCCUUCCUUGUACUUCUCAUGCUGUUAUUUCAUUAUGUAACGAUAAAAUCUAUCUAUCUAUCUAUCUAUCUAUCUAUCUAUCUAUCUUUUACCCUUGGAAGUGUAUAUGUUCAUUAUCUAUCUAUCUAUCUAUCUAUCUAUCUAUCUAUCUAUCUAUCUAUCUAUCUAUCUCAGCAUAUCUUUUAUCUCUCUCUCUCUCUCAUUCUAUUCUCAUCUAUCUAUCUAUCUAUCUAUCUAUCUAUCUAUCUAUCUAUCUAUCUCAAUAUGUGUAACUAUCUAUCUAUAUAUCUAUCUAUCUCAGCAUAUCUGUCUAUCUCAAUAUGUGUAUCUUAUUAUUUAGUUUAUCUAUCUAUCUAUCUAUCUAUCUAUCUAUCUAUCUAUAUUAAAAAAUGGACAAAAACGUUUUCUAUAAAAAAAAUCUAUCUAUCUAUCUAUCUAUCUAUCUAUCUAUCUAUCUAUCUAUCUAUCUAUCUAUCUAUCUAUUUAUCUAUCUAUCUAUCUAUCUAUCUAUCUAUCUAUCUAUCUAUCUAUCUCAUUCUAUUCACAUCUAUCUAUCUAUCUAUCUAUCUAUCUAUCUAUCUAUCUAUCUAUCUAUCUAUCUGUCUAUCUCAGCAUAUCUGUCUGUCUAUCUUAAUAUGUGUAUCUAUUUAUCUAUUUAGUUUAUCUCUCUCUCUCUCUCUCUCUCUAUCUAUCUAUCUAUCUAUCUCAAUAUGUGUAACUAUCUAUCUAUCUAUAUAUCUAUCUAUCUCAACAUAUCUGUCUAUCUCAAUAUGUGUAUCUUACUAUUUAAUCCAUCUAUCUAUCUAUCUAUCUAUCUAUCUAUCUAUCUAUCUAUCUAUCUAUCUAUCUAAAUAUAUGUACCUAUUUAUCUAUCUAGUGUGUUCAUUAUCUAUCUAUCCCAACAUGUGUAACUAUCUAUCUAUCUAUCUAAGAUAUCUAUAUGAAUAUUUUAAGGUCUGCCUUUCUCUGUAUCUUUCUUAG